AUGGGCGAGGCUCUGGAGCUGCUCUUGGUGUGUGUGGGGCUGCUCGUGUGCCUGGCGUGCCUGGGCCGGUGCGUCCGACUCUGCAGCUACACCUUCCGGAGCUACUGGCAGGUUUCGCCCAGCGCGUUCUUGCAGUCCAUGGGACAAUGGGCAGUGGUCACCGGAGCGGGAGAUGGGAUUGGAAAGGCGUAUUCGUUGCAGUUAGCAAAACACGGACUCAAUGUUGUGCUGAUCAGCCGGACGCUGGAGAAGCUGCAGGCCGUUGCCACAGAGAUUGAGAGGACCACGGGACGCAGCGUGAGGAUCAUACAGGCGGACUUUACCAAGGACGACAUCUAUGAGACUAUUAAAGAAGAACUUCGAGGCUUAGAAAUUGGCAUUUUAGUCAACAACGUGGGAAUGCUGCCGAGCCUCCUCCCGAGGCACUUCCUUAACACGCCCAAUGAGAUCCAGGGCCUCAUCCAUUGUAACAUCACCUCGGUUGUCAAGAUGACACAGCUAAUUCUGAAACACAUGAGGUCAAGGCGCAGAGGCCUCAUCCUGAACAUCUCUUCCGGGACAGCCCUCUUUCCUUGGCCUCUGUACUCACUGUACUCGGCUUCCAAGGCUUUUGUGUGUACGUUUUCCAAGGCCCUGCAAGCUGAGUAUAAAGAAAAGGGAGUCAUUAUCCAGGUGCUGACGCCCUAUGCUGUCUCGACCUCAAUGACAAAGCAUCUGAACACCAAUGUCAUCACCAAGACGGCGGAUGAGUUUGUGAAAGAAUCGCUGAAUUACAUCACGAUUGGAGAUGAGACCUGUGGCUGCCUUGCCCAUGAAAUCCUGGCGGGCUUUCUGAGCCUGAUCCCGGCGUGGGCCUUCUACAGCAGCUGGUGCCAAAGGCUGCUCCUGACGCACUACUCGGAUUACCUGAAGCAGAAUGCCAGGGUCAGCUAG